AUGGACUGUCCGAUUUGUUUGGAAAUUAUGAAGAACCCUGUGACUACUAGUUGCAACCAUCAUUUCUGCAACUUUUGUAUAUCUAAAUUCUUAAACACCAAAAGAUACGUGCCCUGUCCAAUGUGUAAAGUGCUUUUGUCAAAAAGGAGUCUCCGAGAAAAUACUAAACUUAAAAAUAUAAUUGACAAAGUAAACAAAUUGGUUUCAGCCAUAGAAAUUGACACCGGUUGGACAUCUGAUCUACUUCUGUUCAUGUCUAUCUACUUCUGUUCAUAUCUUUCUGGCCCUCUCUGUUCGUAUCUAUCCAUCUCGGUUCCUAUCUAUCUAUCUAUCUAUCUCAGUUCCUAUCUAUCUAUCUAUCUAUCUAUCUAUCUCAGUUCCUAUCUAUCUAAGUUUCUAUCUAUCUAUCUAUCUCAGUUCCUAUCUCUCUAUCUAUCUAUCUCAGUUCCUAUCUCUCUAUCUAUUUCAGUUCCUAUCUAUCUAUCUAUCUAUCUAUCUCAGUUCCAUUCUAUCUAUCUCAGUUCCUAUCUAUCUAUCUAUCUCAGUUCCUAUCUAUCUAUCUAUCUCAGUUCCUAUCUAUCUAUCUAUCUCAGUUCCUAUCUAUCUAUCUAUCUCAGUUCCUAUCUAUCUAUCUAUCUAUCUCAGUUCCUCUAUCUUGUUCAUCUAUCUAUCUCAGUUCCCAUCUAUCUAUCUAUCUCAGUUCCUAUCUCUAUCUUUGUUCUAUCUAUCUCAGUUCCUAUCUAUCUAUCUAUCUCAGUUCCUAUCUAUCUAUCUAUCUAUCUAUCUAUCUAUCUAUCUAUCUCAGUUCCUAUCUAUCUAAGUUUCUAUCUAUCUAUCUCAGUUCCUAUCUAUCUCUUGUCUAUCUAUCUAUCUUGUUCGUAUCUAUCUAUCUCUCAUCUAUUCCUAUCUCUCUCUAUCUAUCUUUCAUCUAUUCUAUCUAUCUAUUCUAUCUAUCUCAGUUCCAUUCUAUCUAUCUAUCUCAGUUCUAUCUAUCUCUAUCUUUCUAUCUAUCUCAGUUCCUAUCUAUCUAUCUAUCUAUCUCAGUUCCUAUCUAUCUAUCUAUCUAUCUAUCUAUCUAUCUAUCUAUCUAUCUAUCUAUCUAUCUCAGUUCCAUUCUAUCUAUCUAUCUAUCUAUCUAUCUAUCUAUCUUCUAUCUAUCUAUCUCAGUUCCAUUCUAUCUAUCUUUGUUCCUAUUCUAUCUAUCUCAGUUCCAUCUAUCUAUCUAUCUAUCUCAGUUCCAUUCUAUGUAUUCUCAGUUCCUAUCUAUCUAUUAUCUAUCUAUCUAUCUUUGUUCUAUCUAUCUAUCUAUCUAUCUAUCUAUCCUCAGUUCCUUUGUUCGUCUAUCUAUCUAUCUAUCUCUAUCUUUGUUCCUAUCUAUCUAUCUUUGUUAGAUUCAUCUAUCUAUCUUUGUUAUCUAUCUUUUCCCUUGCUAAUUUACCACCUUUUUCUUUUCUCCCUGCAGACACUCCAGCUGCCAAGAACCACACCUUACUCACCCACGACAAAAAACAAAGCACAAAUGGUAUGAAACGGAAGAUACCGUUGGAGGAUAACAAUGAAGUGCUGCAUGAGAACAAUCGUAAAAACACUCGCUUUGGGAAAAGGCGAAAAUCUUCUGUCGAGAAGCAUAAAGUUUUGGUUUGGUCAUCCGAUUCCGAAGAUGACUCGGCUGUCAAGAAAUCUAAGGAACCAUCGUUCAAGUGGUCUGUGGAGCAAGGAAACUUGAAAACAUACAGCCGAAAACGUGAACCCCGAAAGAACCGAGCCAAAAUAGCUCGAUGGCUUCGUCUCUUACCGAACAACUUUAGUAACAUCGAAGAUCCUGAAUUGAAUGCCACUUGGCUGCCUCUUUCAAGCAGAAAGAAAUUGCAGAAUACGCCAGAUCCGAAAUUUGGGCUGCCGCUUGCCAGCAAGGACCGUCAGAUAAAGUCUGGCCAGCGAAGACGUUCCAGAUGUUCUUCAAAAGCAAAUGACAAAGUCUCUGAGGAAUUAGAAAUCUUGGAGUUGGUAAACCAAAUCAGCUCUGCCGAGGGAUACAGCUUUCUCUUUAACAGUCAGGAUGUAUGCCAGUCAUUCGAUGCGUCAGUUGAUAACCAAGGCGUAAGCGGUAGUGACUGCAACAUCACUUCUAACAACAAGUGUGACAGAUCUAGCGACACUGUUACUUGCAAUGUUACAGAUGGUACUGAAACUGAAAGCCGAGAUAAAAAUGCUCAGGUGUCACAAGUUCCUAGUAAGACUGGAGUCGUGAUUAAUAAUAACGCCAGAGAUGUGAAUAGAUUAUCACAAGAAAGCAUUGGUUAUACUAGCUGUGAUGGCAAAGAAAUGGAAAUGGGUUUGUUGAAAACAGCAGGCAAAAAUAAAGGUAAUUUUGAUGCAGAUGGAACGGCUGAAAACUUCCCUGCAAACGAACUAGCUUUGGAAUGUGACCAGAAGAAUUUCUCAACACUUCAGCAGAAUAAGUCUGAUGAAACUUGGGAUGAAUUCAUUAAACCUGCAGAGAUAAGUGUCUUGCGUAGAGGGAAGCUCUCCAAGCCUAGUUCAUUAAAAAAGGAUUUGCAAGCCUUGACAUCUACUUCCGACUUAGAAAAGAGCAAAUUAGUUGAUGCUCAGGUCAUAAUGCCGAUGUCAUCGGCCAGCAAUUUCUUACAGAGAAAGAACAUUGAAUCUGAGGCGUUUGUUGAGGUACCACGUUCUGGAAAAGAUGCUGAGCGUGAACAUCUGGGAUCUACGGAGAGUGUUUCAUGCAGAACUAACGAGUUACUUCCAAACAAUGAAUGUGCGAAAAAUUUUCGCUCAGGUUCCAAGAUCCAAGAAGAGAAAGCAGCUGAUUCUAAUACAACUGAAAAAAAGUCUGUAUUCACUAAUCCUGAACUUCAAAAAUGUCCAGGGACUGUUAGCAUUGAUGAUGAAAUUUUUAAAAUUAUCGAUUCCAUUCCUGUUUCAUUAUUCCAAAAGAAACUGAGAAACUGUCAGGAAUCGGAAUGGUAUCUGAGUCACCCAACUACGUCGGGAGUGAAUGCUAAUUGCAUGUCUGGAACUGACCAGUUGAAUGACCAAGAAUCUGUAAGUGUAUUCAAAGCCUCAAAAAAUCAAAACGCCUGCAAUGCAGAGGUUUCUGUUACUCCUGUUGUGAUACCAGAAUCACCGUUUUCAGACGUGACAUCACCAAAUCCCAGCAAGAAUGCCACGGGGAGCCCUGCUUUGCAACACGUUGAACAAGGAAACAAACUUGUCCAGUUUUCAGACCAUGUGAUUUUUAUCGGGCCACAGAGUUUGGACGAGGAAAUGGAAGCGACGGAUGCUAAAGAGACAAAUCAGAAAUUUUCUUACUCUGUUGAAAAAGUUGAAUUUAAAAAUUCUGAUUCGGCUGAUCUUGAGAGAAGACCCACCUUACAAGAGCAUAUCUGCGAUGAGCCGAAGAAAGACGAUUUAAAAAGUGAUGGUAUCGCCGGCAGUUCCAAAAUCAAUGACCUUUCUGAUGUUGAUGACGAACGUUUCACAUUGUACAUGUCCGAUGCUGAGACACUGACGGAAUGCCCUGCCCGGCCUUCAGAGUUCUAUGCCAACAAAGAAUGUCUUGUCGAUAAAUCAGAGGCAUUUGAAAAAGCUACCGUCCAAAUUGCUCAAACGGAAGAAUUGAAACCCAGCCAGAAGUCCAACCUCAGGUUCUGCAGGGCUGCAGUCUCCUCUUUAACAGAUGGCUUUGAACAUAGCCAGGACGAGGGUGUAUCUGUCAGCACACGGACAAUUGAAAGUAGCAGCCAGAGGUGGAUGAAUGAAGAUCUCUUACCAUUGGCUGAAUUAACAGCAGAUCAAAUUAGAGAUCCAUCAAAGGCUGCGACCAACACUGAUGUAGAGAUCAAUGAUGAGUGGUGUUCUUUCACUGCAAACCCUGAAGCCCUGCCUAGAACGAUUGGCAAUGAACAGCUGUUAGUGCAAGAUCAAGACGGGACUGUGUGUGUUGUUACCCAUCAGCAUGAGGCUCACCUACCUGGCAACUAUCACCACUUGAACGGUAAGUGUUUUUACCUUUCAGUCAAGUGUAGGGUGUUAGUUAUUGGGUUGGUGGGUCACAUGUAG